CUGCUGCAAGUGGGUCUGCCGCUGCAAGUGGUGCUGCUGCAACUGAGCGACUGUGCAUUGCACCCAACGCCACUUCUCUGUUGCAUUCAACUUAAAAUUGCUGCAACACUUGUGUAAAAAUACACGAUCAAAGUUUAUUUCCAAGGAUGUUCUAGCAACUUAGUGGAUAAAUGCACAGAACGGAGUAGCCUUGGAAUUCUGUAGCUGAGUCUCUUGUUUUCAAAGCAUGAUGAGUGAGCUUUGGACUCCAAUUGCAAAACAAUACAAUCCACUGAAAGCUGGAAGCAUCGAUGGGACGGACGAGGAGCCCCAUGACCGAGCAGUUUCCAGGGCAAUUGCAGCCAAGUACAGGCCGAAUAAGGGCGUCAUAGGAGAUCCUCACCUGACCCUCUUUGUCUCCAGGUUGAAUCCUCAGACAUCUGAGGAAAAGUUAAAAGAAGCCUUCCUUAGAUUUGGAGACAUCCGUAGACUGAGGCUUGUGCGUGACAUUGUCACGGGGUUUUCCAAAUGCUAUGGUUUCAUCGAAUACAAGGACGAGCGUUCAUUAUUAAAGGCACAUCGGGACAGCAAUAAACUAGUGGUGGACCAAAAUGAAAUAUUUGUGGAUUUUGAAUUGGAACGGAGUUUGAAAGGAUGGGUCCCACGGAGAUUUGGCGGUGGAUUAGGAGGCAAAAAGGAAUCCGGCCAGCUGCGGUUUGGUGGGAGGGAUCGUCCGUUUCGGAAGCCCUUCAGUCUGCCAGCACUGAAAGCAGAACUGUACACAGAGGGACCAGUCGAUAAACUGGAUCGAACAAGGGAUAACUGGCAGUGGGAGAGAGGUCGAGAUCGGGAGAGGCGAAGAGAGGAGCGGGGCGAGGAAAGAGAAAAGCACGAUGGAGAUAGAGAGCGAUACAGAAGCAGGGAAAGGGAUCAUAAACGCCAAAGAGAUGAAGAUCGAUAUAAAGACAAAGACAGACACCAACGCAGGGAAAGGCAUAAAACACGACGAUAGAUGCAGUUACCUUUAUUAUCCCCUGCAGGGAAAGAUGACAAUUCUCAACAAAUACUAUUCUGCCAUAGUCUGCCUAACCUUUUUAAUUGCUUAAAUGUAUGUUGCGGUGAUUUGAAAUAUUUGAUCGCCAUUCAUUUGUAACAAGGUAUGUUAUUGGAGAGUAAAUUUUCUCCGUUAUAUUGUAUUUGUACCACACAAUAUGACAUAUUUCCCUUAAGGUUUCCACUUAGUAUUUGGAUAGCAAUGAUUAUUCUGUAUUAUGCUUAAGUUCAUUUUUUAAAGAUUUUAACAAAUGGAAUGAUGAUCUAGCACCUAUGUCUGUUACUGGAUGGUGAUCAAAAAACCAAACUUUCCAUCUUGAACUUCACUGAAGUAAAUCCAAAUAUGCCUCUGCAA